AUGUCGACACCAAAUCAACAUGAGAUACCCUCCGGGGAACAGACUCAUGUUCAGCCAGGCACCCUGGGAUCAGAACCGACAAGGACUUCAGAAAGAGUAAAAGUUCCGACACAAAAGGCACAAGAACAGUUAAAGGAAAAUGUAAAUAAGUUUAGAGAAAAACUUCUCCAUAUAGAGAAAAGAAUUAGAUCAGAUAUUGAAGAAUCUACUACAUGUUCAAAAGAAUUAACAAUACUGACCUCAAUCCGCGAUAAGAUUGAGAGAAACUUUCAGGUUUAUAAACAAGUAUAUAAUGACAGUCAGGAAUUUAUGAACAGACAUACUUACAGUGAUAGUGAACGAAUAUUGAUAGACAAUAGCUGUAGACUAAUUAGUGAAGAUACAGAAUCGUGUCUGACAAAACUCAGUGAGACUAUAACAUGUAUAAGAUCUAUGGAAGAGGAGGCAAACACUCUUAGUGGUAGAGUGUCUUCAAGUACCAAAUCACAACAGAGAGUAGAAGAAGCUAAAACGAGGCUAAAGACUGCAGAGAAGGUUGCCGAGCUAAGACAGCAGGAAUGUUUAGACAUGGAACUAGAAUUGCUAAAACAUCAAGAGGAAGUUCAGAUAGCAGAAACAAGAGUGAAGUUCGAAAUGGGUGAUGAAGAAAGGAGUCACGUUGAUCUAGGAUUACCGAAAGUAGUAGGGUUUGAGAAAUCUAAAACUUUUAUAAAGAACUUACCUUUUAAUCCUCAAGCAGAAAAGUUUGUUCCACAGUCAGAUAAUACUCUGCCUUCCGUGUCAACAACAUGUGUUCCAGAAACUUUACAACAACCUUAUACAUGUAAUCCACAACAAGUGCGACCAGCUAUAAAUCCACCACAACCCAUACGGGCAGCUUAUCCUAGAUAUCCUAUGCAGCCGACAUACCCACCCCAACCUAUGCUACCUAUGUAUGCUCCUCAUACUCCUCGGCCUAUGCAUCCUAUGUUCUCGACAUACACUCCACGACCAAUGCAGCCUAUGUAUACACAGCCUAUGCCCUCUAGUGCACAACCUGUGAUAUCGCAGCCUAGUUUUGAAUCUGGGAAUAUACAUUCUCAAAGUGACACUCAACCUCAACAGUUUUCAUCUGUGCCGUCAACUGUCAUUCCUACAACUACUAGUGCUACUGGUAAUUUCAUGAACAGUUACAUGAUGAAGAAAGACUUGAUCUCACAAAGACUUCGAAAGUAUGAUGAUGAUCCUUCAUCUUAUAAUCUCUGGAAAGGAAGCUUUAAGAGCAUAGUGUCAGAAGCCACACUGAGUCCCCUUGAAGAGAUAGACUUACUCUUAAGAUGGUUGGGACCUGAAUCAACAGUUCAAGCUACUAGAAUUAGAAGAGCUAAUCCUAGUGAUACUGGUGCUGCACUUAACAAGAUUUGGCAAAGGUUAGAUGAACGAUAUGGAUCACCUGAACUGAUUGACUCGAAGUUACGAUGUGAACUCAUGAAAUUUCCUGUCUUACAGUUACCAAAGGACAAAACAUUGUUAUACAGCCUCGUCGACCUCUUGGGGGAAAUAGAAUGUAACAAGAACAAUCCUCAGUAUUCACUGCUGUUGUCUUAUUAUGAUACACCAGUCGGCAUCAAUCCUAUUGUGUCUAAACUACCAGAAAACUUACAGAACAAAUGGCGUGACAGAGCCGUGAAAUUUAAAAUAAAACAUAACAUUCCAUUUCCACCAUUCAAGGAAUUAGUGAAAUUUAUUCAUGAACUCAGUGUUUCCUUGAAUGAUCCAGGCUUUGUGUUUGAUACUGCAGCUCUAUACACAGGAAAGGAUAAACCAAAAUUCACCAAGAAACCAACCACUGUUGUAUCAAAGAAAACUGAUGUUCAAACAGGAAGUGAUGGAAACCCUAAGAAAGGAUCAUGUCCUUUGCAUCCCCAUGCUAUCUCACAUUUCCUUGAAGAAUGUCAACUCUUCAUGAAGAAGUCAAUGGAGGAACGUCGUAGAUAUGUGUUGGAAAAUAAACUUUGUUUCAAGUGCUUAAGCACUAAAUGUCACACGAAAAGACAAUGUACAGAAAAAAUCAAAUGUAAAGAAUGUGGAAGUAACAGUCAUGUUACUGCAAUGCACGUGAAUUGUAAGAGGAAACUUCAAGACAGCUGCUCCCAGACAGCCCACGGCGGGGAGACUGGUUUCAUAAACGUGGAUUCAAAAUGUAGAGCGAUCUGUAAUCAAUUCAAUGGACGCUCAUGUGCAAAAACUGUUUUAGUACGAGUGUACCCAGAAGGACAUCCAGAGUCAUUUGUGACAGUGUAUGCAAUGAUAGAUGAACAUUGUAACCGUACAUUAGCCUCAACUGAAUUAAUGGAUACCUUGGGUGUAAAAGGAAAUGAACUGAUGUAUAAUUUGUCUUCAUGUUCUGGAAGGGAACAUGUUCUUGGUCGCCAAGCCUAUGGUUUCAUAGUGGAGUCUCUAGACUCAUCUACAUCAUUGAGAUUACCUACCCUCAUUGAAUGCAGAAGUAUUCCACAAG